AGGUGACAACCUUUUUCCAAACAGAGGACAUCGCUCUCACACCUGAUAUCCUCCUCUCCGACUCAGUACAGUGACAGCCAUGGCCUCUGUGACCUUUGCGAAGUUUAACGCCUCGUCUUCGCAGUGGAUCGGACAACAGUCCUUCUCUCAACGCCAGGGAUCGUCCGCUCGCUUCCCGGCCCGCAGAGUCUCGGUCCCGAUCCGUGCCGGGUCGUACUCCGAGGAACUCGUUCAGACUGCUAAAACUGUUGCAUCACCUGGCCGUGGUAUACUAGCCAUUGAUGAGUCAAAUGCUACCUGCGGGAAGAGGCUGGCAUCUAUUGGUCUGGACAAUACAGAACCCAACCGUCAGGCCUAUAGACAACUUCUACUGACCACUCCUGGCCUUGGUGAAUAUAUUUCUGGGGCCAUCCUUUUUGAGGAAACACUUUACCAGUCAACAACUGAUGGAAAGAAGUUUGUGGACUGCUUGCGUGAAAAGAAAAUUGUGCCUGGCAUCAAAGUUGAUAAGGGUUUGGUUCCUCUACCAGGAUCAAACAAUGAAUCUUGGUGCCAAGGCCUAGAUGGUUUGGCUUCAAGAUCCGCUGAAUACUAUAAGCAAGGUGCUCGCUUUGCAAAGUGGCGCACUGUUGUUAGCAUUCCCUGUGGUCCUUCUGCCUUGGCUGUCAAAGAAGCUGCAUGGGGUCUUGCACGCUAUGCUGCUAUUUCUCAGGACAAUGGUCUUGUGCCCAUAGUAGAACCUGAGAUUCUUCUUGAUGGGGAUCACCCAAUUGAUAGGACACUCGAAGUUGCAGAGAAAGUGUGGUCGGAGGUCUUCUUUUACUUGGCACAAAACAAUGUCUUAUUUGAAGGAAUCCUACUUAAGCCUAGCAUGGUAACCCCAGGAGCUGAACACAAGGAGAAGGCUUCUCCAGAGACCAUCGCCAAAUAUACACUAACAAUGCUUAGAAGGAGAGUACCUCCUGCAGUUCCUGGAAUCAUGUUUUUGUCUGGAGGGCAAUCUGAAGUGGAAGCAACAUUAAACCUGAAUGCAAUGAAUCAAAGCCCCAACCCAUGGCAUGUUUCCUUCUCAUAUGCUCGUGCACUGCAAAACACUGUCCUAAAGACGUGGCAAGGACAUCCUGAGAAUGUUGAAGCGGCACAGAAGUCUCUUUUAGUUCGGGCAAAGGCAAACUCCCUGGCUCAGCUUGGAAAGUACUCUGCUGAAGGUGAAAGUGAGGAAGCUAAGAAAGGAAUGUUUGUCCAGGGCUAUACCUACUGAGCUGUUUAAAUCUAUUGGCAUUUCUUGGCUUUGUUAGUGUACUUUUUUCCUUGUUAACUAUGGAGAAGCUUGUAAUUUUUCUUUCCCCACCGUCACUCUCUUUCCUCAAAACUAGGGUGCUUGAAUAAAGACACACGGGAAGGAAAGAAGUUUUCCAAACCUGUAAAACAGGAGUAGUAGGUUUAGCGAAAGCUACCAUAUGUUUGUAUCUCUAUCGUCUUUAAGGUAGGUUUGUUGAGAAGAAUGGGUCUUGGAGAUAGGUCUCAGAUUCAUAUCAAAUGAGAGUGAACUACCAAAAUAAUAUUUAUAAGUUUUCCCUUUCUUUUCGGAAUA